ACACAUACACAGACGCAAAUGGCUUAUGCUGCUGUAACUUCGCUUAUGGAAACACUUUCUCUACAUUUCUUGCAAUCACAACCACGCUUGCCUCUUCAAUACAAACAACAAAUAGUUUCUCUUCAUGAAAAUCUUGGUUUCCUCAAAGAAGUUCUUGAGAAAUCUGAGAUCGCCUAUGGCUAUGAUAAUUCGGCGAUGAAAGAUUUAGAGGCUCAGAUGAGAGAUGUAGCGUUCAAAGCUGAAGAAAGGAUUGAGAUGGAGUUGACUACCAUUCAUCUAGCAAAGGGUUGGACGAAGCGUCUUCGUAUAAAGGCUUGCCUCCUCAAGCUUCAUGGAAUCUUCAUUCAAGCUGUAAUACAGACUGAUUACCUCAAGAAGAAGUUGAUUAAGAUUAAAAGUGAAAAGCAGCUUGCAAAGGGUCCAUUACAAGAUGAAAGGAUGCGACAAAGAGGACUACUCCAUGGUUCAACAUCAUCACAGCCUGAUCUAGAACGCGAGAAUAAUAUUAUUGUGAGUAAAUUUUCCAAAAAAGCUUCAACAAAGUUUGACAAUAGUAUGGUCGGAUGCAACGAGGAGUUCAAGACGAUAAUAGAUCAGCUCACCCAACAAUCAGCAAAGCAGCUACAAGUUGUAUCAAUUGUAGGCAUGGGCGGAAUAGGCAAGACCACUUUAGCUCACAAAGUCUAUGAAGAUCCAUCAAUUAGUUUUCAUUUUGACAAACAAGCAUGGGUUACUGUAUCUCAAGAGUCUAACGAGGAACAAAUGCUCCAAUGCCUUAUUGGUUGUGUUAAUGCACCAUCAAAUGGCAACUUGGCAGAAAGUCUGCGUAAACACUUGAAGGAUCAGAGAUAUUUGAUAGUGAUAGAUGAUAUAUGGAGCACUACUGCUUGGGAUAGUCUGCAAAGAUGCUUUCCAGAUGAUAAUAAUGGAAGUCGUAUACUAUUGACUUCUCGGCUCAGGGAGGUGGCUGAAUAUGUAAGUUCAGUUUUCUCCGAAGAUUAUGAGAUCCAUGUGAAGAAGUUGGUUAAGUUGUGGGCAGCAGAGGGAUUUUUGAGGGUAGUGGACCAUCGAAAUAUGGAGGAAGUGGCCAUGGAAUGCUUGCAAGAUCUUGUAGAUAGAAGUCUUGUUUUUGUUAGCAAAGAAAGCUACAAUGGGAAAAUGAAGACAAUAAGAAUACAUGACCUGUUGCGGGAUUUGUGUUUGAGAGAAGCUCGACAUGAAAAUCUCUUGAAUGUCAUUGGAGAUGAAAAACUACCAUUUUACAAGAAGAAAAUCUCUUAUCGUUGGAUAUCUACUACAUCAGGCUUUCAUCUUUUGACAUACAUUUACAAAUCACAUUCCUUACACUCUCCCUAUGUUGCUUUUUCUGCAAGUGUGGAAGGUCUAUUUUCACACUUCAAACUACUAAGAGUAGUAGACAUAGCAUGUAUCUCUUCCUAUGUAUAUGGGUUACAAAAUGUGCUUGCAAAUCUUAUUCAUUUGAGAUACUUAGCUUUGGAGUAUUCAGCAAGUUAUUACCCCAUAAAUUUUCAUUUAGAGCUCUUUGAGCAUUGGAAUAUGCAAAGCUUUAUUGUUCGUGGAGCUCAUGCUGCAUUUGAUUGCUUUGGGGCAUCUGGAGUUUGGAAAAUGCCACUAUUAAGGAAUUUAUGCAUUGAACUGAUUGUUUCAUUAGAAACUUUGUCAGUUGUUCAUAGAAACUUAGAGAGUAUAUCUUGGUUGCCUCCUAACAUCUGUACAGAGGAUCUAUUUACAAGGAUUCCAAAUUUAAAAAAAUUGGGGAUCCAUGGUGAACACAAUGGAAAGAAUCUAGAUUGUUUUUAUAAUUUUGUGCACUUGAGGCAGCUUGAGGAGCUAAGCAUCAGAGAGUGGCGUAAUCUCAACCGUAUUCCAUGUAGCGGCAUCUCAUGGGCAACUAGUUUUCUACCAAAUCUUAAGAAGCUCAAAUUCUACCAGACUAAUUUUGCAUGGAGUGAUAUGAGGCUUAUUGGUAUGUUGCCGAAUCUAGAGGUUCUAAAACUGAAACAAGCUUUUCAUAUAUCUGCUAGAAUAUGGGAGCCAUCCAAGGAAGGGUUCCGUCAAUUGAAAAGAUUGGUAAUUAAAGAUAUGUAUUUCGAGCGUUGGAAUGCUGUAGGUGACAAUUUCCCUGUGCUAGAAUGUUUAGAGUUACAUAAUUGCAAUUAUUUGCAAGAGAUUCCUAGUGAUUUUGCGGAUAUCACCACACUAGCACUGAUUCAGUUAAACUGGUGUUGGUAUUCCGUUCUGGCUUCCGCAAAGUUGAUUCAAGAAGAGCAAUACAACAACUAUGGAAAUGUCGUCGUUGUUCGUUCGGAAAAUAUUGUGGGAAGAAGGGAUGAGGAGGAAGAGAGUGAUGAAUGA